CGCCGGCAACGACCAAACUGGUUCGGUCGCAAUCUCGUGAAUCCGAGGUAAGCGCGGGUGCGGUCGACCCCACGCGGGAUCCAAAUUUGCAAGUUCCGCGAGAACGAGUGCUUGGAUUGCGAGUGAACGAUGAAUUCCUUGGCAGUUGCUUGCAUACGAGUGGUUGUGAAUAUGAGCACUGGCCGUGAUGUUGCGUCGUGGAGUUAACUGGAGAAUUGGCUUGUUAUCUCCUUGACGUCGUUUGUAACCCUAGGAGAGUUUGUGGAUCGCGGGGCAAUUUUUUUUGCAUUCAGAGAGUUCGACGAGGAGCGUGCAGGGGUAUUCUGUUGCCCUGGUGGUGAUUUUUUCUUAGAUAAGUUUUCCUAUGGCGACGCCGGGGUCGAAGCAGCUCCGUCUUUUGUUUUGCGUCGCGUCUCUGAUGCUUUUUUUCUUUGCGAACGUGAAUUAUGCUGCUGUGGAGGAAACGUGGUCUUCGGUUAGCGGGGACGCGGGGGAGGGGACGUUGGGUGUAGUUUUGGCAGAUACGUCUCCAUGUCAUUCUCCCUUUGAGACACAGUACAGACAAUUGUCGCAAGGUGUGGCAUCUGUUGCUUCUGGCGGUGGCGCCAGUGAUACUCCGACAGAACUUUGCAAUCAUAAAAUGAAAAAGUUGACAUCGUGCCCUGUGCAAUGCUUCAGAGCUGACCCGGUUUGUGGGACAGAUAAUAUCACAUAUUGGUGUGGAGCUGCUGACGCGAAGUGUGCAGGAGUAGAAGUAGCUCAUGAUGGAUACUGUAAUGUGUGGGAGUUGGAUGCAAACGUUGGCUCCACAACUGCAGUUCGUGCUGCUCAAUCGUUACAGUUGGUUCACAUGCUCUGGCUAGUGGUCGCUGGUUUGUUGAUUGUAUUGGGUUCGGUCUGAAUUCAGAAUAUUAUUAGUUUCAUCUUUUAUUUCAAUCUUGAGUAGAUUAAUUCAUUUUAGUUCGAAAAUGAAUUUUUGAUUCGUCGAUUUUCCGACCUUGAGCCCCGUCAACAAUUGCGAUCAGUCGGACUUACACGACUUACUCGAGUGAGGGUAGUGAUUGAGAACAUCUUCGCUUCUGCAAGCACAGUCCAACUUUUUUUUCUAGUUUUCCCUCUUUUUAGGAACUGGAGAGAGGGAAUGUGAAUCUUCAUGUACGUUGGCUACAUCGUAUGGGGUUCACCUGCUCUUUAGCUAGAAGUUUUCUUACUUGGAAUUAUAAAUUGAAUCGAUUCAUAAGGUUUCAGGAUCAGAAGUAUUUGUUCCAGAAGUCAGGCAGGUGCUAUACUAGUUGUCAGUGAAAGCUAUAUUGCAGCGAUUUUAAUCGGAACGUAGGCUUUUGGAUCGGGGGAGCUGCCAAAUAAGGAUGAAAAACCUCUCUUGGGGGCCUUGAGGAUCGCUCUCCCGUCCCCAAGCAGCAUUUAACGACUCAACAAGAUUUGGAUUUUGUUCAGAACCAGAGGUGAUUUCCUGUGGUGAUGCGGUUGCAUUCAGCUCAGCAAGAAAUUCACUUGGGUUUAGACCUUCAGUAUCAUCAAGCUGGAUUGUGAUAAGGUUUCCUACAUCUAGAGUAGCUGUGGAUUGGGGCCUUAGGUUUCCUUCAAUCGGUCGCUCCAAGUUCUGCAAUAGUUGCGCGAUAUUGUUGAGUUGGGUGCGCAUGGUGGUGAUCCAGUCUGAUACUUGCGAGGGGUUGACUGCCAAGCUGCUGAUGGAGUCUUCCUGUGGUUGAGAUAGUUGGGAAACAGCAGAAGCUAUGAUUUGCCUCCUUUGUUGUGCGGCCACGGUGUUGGGGUCUGAGUUCUCUUCCGUGUUUGCUAGGAAUGCAUGCAUCAAUGCUAUCCAUGAAGCGGCCUGCACAAAUUAGCCUGGUUUCAGAGAGGAUAGAAUUGCUACCAAGUGGAUUUUGGCUGGCGUAAAAAUUACCCAGUUUUGCUGUUCAAAUUGUUUUAUGGGUAAAGUGGCACCUGUUUUGAAAAAUCCUAUAAAAGCAUGACUUAAUUGAA